GGACCCUGGGGUCAGCACGUCGCCUGGCCGCCCGCCGGGUCGCCCAGGGCUUCGAUCACGCGGCAGUCCGAGAUCCGGCCGCCGGAGCACUGCGCGAUCAUGCGCUUGAGCUCGGCCUCGAGCGCGGUCAGCCGCGCGAUCCGCUGCUCCACCUGCUCCAGGUGCCGGCGGGCGAUGGCAUCAGCCGCCGCGCAGCACUGCUCCGGCCGAUCGGCCAGGCUCAGCAGGUCGCGGAUCGCCUCGAGCGGAAAGCCGAGCUCGCGGGCGUGGCGGAUGAAGGUCAAGCGCUCCACCGCGGCCGCGUCGUAGAGCCGUUGGUUGCCCCGCGAGCGGGCCGGACGCGCCAGCAGGCCGAUCUCCUCGUAGUAGCGGAUGGUCUGCACUUUGCAGCCGGUCGCGGCGGCGACCCGGCCGAUGGUCAGUCCGGCGGACCGGCGCGGCGCCGAGGCCGGGGUGGGGCAGCCGAGACGAAAGGGCGCCGCCCGGAGGAGCACAUGGCCGCAGGCUGUUGCAACCAAACGCCCAAGUUCGAUGGGUUGUCGCGCGGCUUCCGCCGCGCCCUCUGGCUCGUCAUCGCCAUCAAUGCGACGAUGUUCGUCGUCGAGAUGGCGGCCGGCGCCCUGGCCGGCUCCCAGGCGCUAAAGGCCGACGCGCUGGACUUCCUCGGCGAUACCCUGACCUACGGCCUCAGUCUCUUCGUGCUGGGCAUGUCGCUGCGGGCGCGGGCGACGGCGGCCCUUGUUAAGGGGGUCAGUCUCGCUGCCAUGGGGCUGUUGGUCUUCGCCAGCACGGCCUACCAGGUGCUCGUGCUCGGCCUGCCCAACGCGCCGGUGAUGGGACUGAUCGGCCUGCUCGCCCUGGCGGCCAACCUGGCCAGCGUGCUGGUGCUGCUGCGCUACAAGGACGGCGACUCCAACGUCCGCUCGGUCUGGCUGUGCAGCCGCAACGACGCGAUCGGCAACGUCGCGGUGCUGGCGGCGGCCGGCGGCGUCGCGCUGACCGGCACGGCCUGGCCGGACCUGCUGGUCGCCGCGCUGAUGGCGGGGCUGUUCCUCUGGUCGGCGGCGCAGAUCAUCCGCCAGGCGCUGGAGGCCCUCACACCUCACGCCGAGUUCGGCGUGCGGGCGAUGCCCCACGGCAUCGCUGCGCCGGCCAGCGCUGACUGCCACUGCCCGAUGUCGAGAGCCGAAACCCUCUCCAGCAUGAUGCGCGCGGUCACGCCGACGGGGCGCGAGUCGCGCUUCGAGGCGGACGAGCUGAUCGUCUCGAAGACCGACCUGAAGGGGCGCAUCACUUACUGCAACGACGUCUUCCAACGGGUCGCCGGGUUCCGCGAGACGGAGCUGCUCGGCCAGCCGCACUCCAUCAUCCGCCAUCCGGACAUGCCGCGCUGCGUCUUCAAGCUGCUGUGGGACACCAUCGAGGCCGGCGGCGAGAUUUUCGCCUACGUCAUCAACAUGGCGAAGUCGGGCGACCACUACUGGGUGCUGGCCCAUGUCACGCCCAGCUACGGCCCGCGUGGCGAGCUGGUCGGCUAUCACUCCAACCGCCGCAAGCCCGCGGCCGAGGCCGUCGCCAAGGCUGCCGCCCUCUAUCGCGACCUGCGCGCCAUCGAGGAAAGCCAGGCCAACCGCAAGCAGGGGAUGGCCGCCGCCACGGAAAAGCUCCAGUCCCUUCUUGCCGAACAGGGCGCGCGGCUCGCUGCCCUGUUCGGCGGGCUCUGCUCGUUUGCCGUCUUCGUGCUGGCCUGGCUGCCGGUGCCGCCGGCGGUGCUGUCGGCCGUCGCCGGCCUGACGCUGCUCUCCGCCGCCCUGGCCUUCUGGCACCUGGGGCGCGUCGCCGGCUGGAUCGGCCGCGUGCGCCAGACCGUCGAGGCGGUGGCCGCCGGCGAUUUCGAGCACCGGCUGGUGCGCCUCGACCAGGGCGGCGAGCUGGGCGGCAUGCUGCGCGGGGUCAAUCGUCUGAUCGACGUCACCGACGCCUUCGUGCGCGAGGCGGGCUCGACCAUGGAGGCGGUGGAGCAGGGCCGCUACUACCGCCUGAUCCGGCCGGGCGGCCUGAGCGGCCACUUCCUGCAGACGGCCGAGCGGAUCAACACCGCGACGGCCAGCAUCUCCGGUCGGGUCCGCCACUUCGCGGAGCUGACCGACGGCUUCGAGGAGAAGGUCGGCCGGGUCGUCGAGGCGGUCGCCGGCUCGGCCGGCGAGCUGCAGUCCACGGCCGACCACCUGACCGGGCUGGCCGCCGCGGCGACCCGGCAGAGCACCUCGGCGGCGGCGGCGACCGAGCAGGCCUCGUCCAACGUCCAGGCAGUGGCGAACUCGACCGGCGAGCUGGCCGCCUCGAUCGCGGAGAUCGCCCGCCAGGUCGCCGAGGCCGAGUCCGCGACCACGGCGGCCGGCCGGAAGGCCGAGGCGGCGAACAAGCUGGUCGGUGCCCUCAACGCCGCCGCCGACGAGAUCGGCAGCGUUGUCUCGCUGAUCAGCGAGAUCUCCGACCAGACCAACCUGCUGGCGCUCAACGCGACGAUCGAGGCGGCGCGCGCCGGCGAGGCGGGCAAGGGCUUCGCCGUGGUCGCCGGCGAGGUCAAGAACCUGGCCGGCCAGACCGGUCAGGCGACCGAGCAGAUCCAGACCCAGGUGGCCGCCAUCCGCAGCGCCACCACCGAGGCGGUCGCGGCGAUCGAGGCCAUCGUCGGCUCGAUCGCGGAGGUCAGCGGCAUGUCCGGGUCCAUCGCCGCGGCGGUCGACCAGCAGACCUCGGCCACCGACGCGAUCACCCGCAACGUGCAGGAGGCCUCCAGCGGGACCGAGGAGGUGGCCCGCAGCACCGAGCAGGUGAGCGCCUCGGCCGGCGAGACCGACCGGGCCUCGCGCGACGUGGCCGCCGCCGCCGCCGAGCUGGCCCGGCAAGCCGAGCAUCUGCGCGGCGACGUCGAUCACUACCUGCAGGCCGCACGGGUCGCCUGA